AUGGAAAUGUCAGGAAUUGCUCCCGAUGUUUGUACUCUAAGUGUUCUGACUAAUUGCUUCUGCCAUUUGAGCCGGGUGGAUUUUGGCUUCCCUAUCUUAGCAAGAAUUUUGAAACUAGGUUUCCAACCGGAUUCUAUAGUUCUUAAUACUAUUGUCAAGGGGCUCUGUCUUCAAGGUAGAAUUGCUGAAGCUGUGAAGUAUGCUAACAAAAUGGAGAAGAUAGGCUAUAAACCUGUUACAAUUACUUAUGGAACAAUCAUAAACGGUAUGUGUAAAAUAGGUGAGACCGAGGUGGCUAUUGGGUUGCUUCGGAAGAUUGAAGAACGAAAGCUUGAACUUAAUGUAGUCCUAAUGGAUGAAGCUGUCAAAGCAUUUAAUACGAUGGUUGGGAAGGGUUGUUCGCCUUUUAUUUUUACCUAUAACAUAUUGAUCCAUGGAUAUUGUAAAAAGAGAAGAAUUGACGAGGCAAUGAGUCUCUUCCGUGAAAUUACUAACAAUAGUAUGAUUCCCGAUGUUGUCACUUAUAGCACUCUUAUGGGUGGGUUUUGCCGAGUUGGGAGACCUAAGAAUGCAUUAGAGCUACUCCAUGAGAUGCAAGGUUGUGGCCAACAUCCUGAUUGGCGAACUUAUGCUAUUUUGUUAGAUGGCUUGUGCAAGAAUCUACACUUUCAAGAAACAAUGACAUUGUUUCAUGAGAUGGAAGACAAAAAGUUAGACCUUAAUAUUGUGAUUUAUAACAUCUUAAUUCAUGGUAUGUGUAAUGCUGGGAAACUAACGACCGCAAGAGAACUCUUCAAUACUCUUCCUACCAAAGAUUUGCAAGCUGAUGUUUGGACUUACAAUAUAAUGAUCAGAGGGCUUUGCAAAGAGGAAUUACUAAAGGAAGCGAGGAUGCUAUUUGAGCAAAUGGAGGAAAAUGGUUGUUCACCUGACCAUUUCACAUAUGACACAAUCAUCCAAGGCUUCUUGCAACAUAACGAGACAUCAUGGGUAGUGAAAUACCUCCAAAGGAUGGUUAACUACGGUUUCUUAGCAAAUGCGGCCACUGUAACCAUUUUAAUUGACCUUUUGUCCACUAAACAGGCAGAUAAAACAUUACAAGAAUUCUUUCAAAAGUCUGUGUGA